CAAGCAUAGGCGGAAUUGUCUUUUUUAAUAAACCUGUAGUCUUUUUGGGCAUCCUUUGGAGUGGUGAGAAAUGUUUUCAAAAAGUAAACCCAUACAGCUUGGAGUGGUUUCAUAGAAGUCUUGUUAUUUUGGAAGUGACAAGAAAGACUGCAGGCAUGUCUUCGAAGGUUACUACUUUGCACCUGCCGCAGUGGAGCACUGGACUGAGAAGCGUGCGCUAUUUGUAUCUGUCCGACGUCAACUCAUUUAAAUUGGGCAUAAACGGGGAGGCUCAGGAGAACAUCAUCCCCCUGUUUCUUGGAGCGGACAUAUUUUCCAAAACAUGCAUUCGGACAGAGAACCACCCAAGAUUUCAUGCAAAAUAUGCCAAAAAGGGAUUGGCCACAAGGCUCAAUUUUUCUUCUAAUUUCAGGGUCCAAGGAUUGAAAAUGACAAGCAGCAGUAACAGUUUGUGGUUUUACAGUAUUCAGGGAUUUUUCCGUGUUGCUUUUGAAAUAUUCAGCAAGGAGGAACAGUUGUCUGUGCUGGAUACUUUUCAGGAGGUUUGGAAGUCUAGAAUAAAUGAUGGGCUCCUCUCAGUGUCCUACAAUAUGAGUGUAUGGGUGGAUGAUCCUUGGGCUUCAACCUGCAUUUUACAUUACCAGCGGGACUGCUCAAGUAACUUCAUGACAGAAAAAGUGCAUAAGCUCUCUCACAGUGAGCGUUCUGUACAGUCCUAUGACAGGGUGGACUCUCCUGCAUCAUUUAGUCAUAUUCAAUCUGAUCAUAAUUAUGGCAAAUCUGAAGGAUAUUCAGUUGAUAAAAUUGUCAGUCCCAUUUUACAAAAAAUCAAGAGGCUGGAGUAUUCUCUACAAACGCUGGAAGCAACUGUUAUGAGUCAGUUAACAGACACCAUAGUUCCUUUGUUAGAAUGUGCUGAACAACUGAUAAGCAAAACCAUCAACAACGAGGAAGUUUCAGACACAGUUUUACAGCUGUUAAAGACAUAUUGUUUAUCAUCUGUGGCAAACGAUAGCUCUGUCUACAAUAAUAGCUUACUCUUUGCAGUAAGUAGUUGGCUUGGUCAACAGUUUAGUGCAGCCCACACCUGUAUCAGCAAGCGGAUUGAAAGUUUUAAAUUAAACCACAUUGACAGAAUCACUGACUUGCCUCCUGCUGAGGACCUAGUCAGCCAGCUCUUUCCAGAAUCAAUGAGGGUGUUGCUAUUAAAUUGGAUGGGUCUCAGUGAUGAUGCUGCUGUCUGGAAGCGACACAGUGAAUAUCCCAUCCUAUUGCUGAUUUUAGAGUUUGCUAAUCAUAACUUAAUCACUGGUGUAGCACAUGUGUUGUACUCAAGUUUAAUAUGUAAAUAAUCUUUUAAUGUGUUGGAAUUUUAAUCAUGGUUCAUGUAAAUAUGCAUUUGGAACUUAUCAAUACAAAUUGGAUAACACGUCAAA